GCCUGAGCCGAGCAUGCGCAGAGGGUUGCACCCAACAGCAUAAACCAUACGCGUGUUUACGGAAUUUAAAUUGAACGGUGAGUUUUUAAGGAGAGGAACAGGUUCUUGUGACUGAAGAGUAGAGGGAUGAAGUUCCCCGUGGAUCUCCUGGCUGAUGUUAGCCAGGCAGAGCUGGAAAGGUUGGCCCACAACUACAUGACCAACCUCCUCCACAGCAACCCUGAUUGUCCUAAACACCUCACCCUCUCUGACUCCACCCAGGUCACCAUAGAUGUUUCCAGUGUGGGCUUUGUCCCACUGUAUGGAUCCAGUGAUAAAAAGAAGAUCCUGGCCCUGUUCUCUCCCAGUGACCCAUUCACUGCUGUGGCUCUGUACCUGCUAAACCAGUGGUGGUCAGUGGAUGACAUUCUCAAGACAGCAGACCCUGCUCGAGAGGGAGUUGUGGAGGUGAAGACAAUAGGAGAGAGAAUAGUUUUAUACAUCCUUAAUCGUGUCAUCUAUAGAGCCAAGGAGAUGAGCUCUGAGGAGCUUCCUUUUCUCUGCCAUGGAGAAAAAGAAAAUGCAAAAAUCCUCUGGAAUAAUGGAGAGGGUGUUGGCUUCUACUCGGUCAAACCUUCAGGCAGCAUAUGUAAUUAUUUUUCAACCAGAAACUAUCAGCUACCUGUGAUGGACUCCAUAUUUGUUAGAAAAAAUCAGCGUGGUAAAGGCUUUGGCCUCCAGAUGCUGGAGGACUUUGUGCUCAGUUUCCAAGAGGACUCUUUGGGCUUGAGGUACCCCCUCACACAAUCCAUGUAUAAAGUGUGUGAGAAGUACCUGGGUCAGUACCCAGGAGACACAGAUCUGCUUUGGGAGGUACAGAGCAUAGGCGGGCCCAACCAGAGGACCAAUAUUGCCAGCAAGAUUCAGGCCAUUAAUCUGAGUGCAGUAUCAAAGAGUCUGUCAUUCACGGAGAAAUCACUUGUGAUUACAGAAGUGACUGAAAAGGAUGUGGUGAUGGAGGCAAUUACCACACAAAUAAAAGAAGCUGAAUCUAUGAAAUGCACUGUUGAAAUUGUGGAGGAAGUGACAUUGCUGAGAGCAACCAAAGAGGUUGAACUGCCUGUUGCAUCCCGGGGAAGGAGUAGUGGCUCAAAGCAAAGGAAGAUGGGAGAAAAGAUCAAAGACCACAAGUCAGAAAAAGUUAUCAGAAUCCAGGAUAUUGAAGCAGAAACCCCCAGAGAGGAGCAAGUUUAUGCGCAACAGAAAACAGAACUGCAUAAUGUCUCUGAAUUGGUGCUGACUAAGGGUAUGUUUAGUGUGGCUACUGAAGAAAAAGGAGAAGAUGUAGUUGAUACUGCACCUGAAGAAGAAGCAGCUACCAUGCCAGAAAAAACAGCCACUGUCCUAGCCUCACAAGAGCUAGAAGAAGGUGAUGUUACAUCUACACUGAUGACUGAGGAGCCACAAGUAGAAGAUAAUGCCACACCUGAUCAGAAAAAUACUUCUCACAAGUCACAGAUAACAGUUGAGAAUGUGGCAUCAGAAAUUGAGGAAGCAAAGGAAGCAGAGGAAAAGUGUCAGAAGAAAGACAUUGCAAUGCUGCUAGUCUCUGAAGAAGUUUUAGUGCACAAGGAAGCAGAAUCUCAAAAAGUGGGAGAGGCAACUCAAAUCAAGGUCACUGAUGUAAAUCCAGAAGAAAGAGUUACACAACAUGUGGUAAGUCUGUCAACACAUGCAUCAUCAGAGGAUGGUGAAACUGUAAAAACAGGUAGAACAGCCAUGAAAACUGCACAGAAUGAAACCCCCAGACUGAGAACUCAACAGCACAGCAAACAAGAGGAGUGGGUAAAGGAGGAAACUACAGCCCACGAUGGAGGGAGAGUUUUGAGAGGAAGAACUGUUAUGACCAUCCCCACACCAAAAUGCAAAUAUACACAAUACAGCCAGAAAGUGUGGGAAGAAUUAGAGAAAGAAGUAAAUGAAUUGGCAGUGGAGAAUGAGGUUUAUACAGCUGAUCUAGAUGAGGGAGAAGAACCAGCAGAAAUUACCUUCUUAAAAGAGGAUGUAGUUGCUGUGGAGGAAUUAAGAGAAGAAAAAAAGCAGCUGGAAGAUGAACAACUAACAAAUGAAGAGAAGACAGAGAAGCAAGAGAAGCCUGGGGUGGAAGAUACACUAGUGAAGGGGAGUUCCACAGAGUUUAGAGAAACAGCAGCUGAAUUUGAGAAAGAACAAAAGGGUGAGGAGGUAAAAACAUCAGUGAUACAGGAUACACAAGAGGUCUCUGAUGAUGAGCUAGAUGAGGUCACUAUUGUGCAGAAGAGAGCUUUGAGAGGAAGACAUAAAGUCACUAAGGCUACAAAACAAAGCAAAACACAAAAGGAAGAGUACGUAGAUCUGGGAACAGGAAGUUCUGCAAGAGAAGAGAAAGCACUAGCAACAGACAAACAGAUGGAGGAACACCACCAGAUGAAACAAGAGGAGACAACUGACAAAACAGAAGAUAUAUCAACCGAGGAAUUAACUGUUGGGGAAGAAGGUACAAUUCCAAAGGCAGAGGAAGCAGCAGAAGAUGUGAUACCUUCGAGUGUGGUGAACAAGGAGGUGCAGGGAGCGACUGAGACGAUAUCACUGAUGGAAGCUGAUAAGGAGGAAGUAGCAGAUGACAUGAUACAAGAGCCUGACUCUGUUGCUGCUGCUUCAGAAACAGUAAUACCUGAUGAGGCUGCCACAUCAGUAGAGCCUCAGGAAAAGGACACAGACUCUGAAAUCCCAAAGCUCCAUGAAGCUACUGUCAUUUUAGUGGACCUAAAAACAACCUGCCAUCAUCUUAGUGUGAUGGAGGUAGAUAAAACACUAGUUGAUGAAGAGUAUGUUGCAGAAAAGGAACGAGUGAAGCUGAUAGCAGCAGAAGAGAAGGAUGUUUCUCAUUGUGUUGCAGAUGAACAAAAACCAGACACAGAAAUGCUGGUAUUGGAAGAUAAUAGAGGGAGAAAGGAGAAGAGCGCAGAGACUGCCAAGAAGGAAGACAGCUGUGGUCAAGAAAAGGAAGAAUAUGCUAAUGUGGAUGAGGAAAAUAGUGAAGCAGAGGAAUCACCAGUCACUGAAACAAGACUUUUUAGAUGUGGAAGAAAUGCAGUUAAAGCAAGUUGCAAUUCCACAGGUAGAAGUAACCAACAGCAGAAGGAAGACAACAUAGUGGAUAUUCUUUAUAUUACUAAAAAGGAGGUGGAUGAAGCUAAAAUAGGCAGUGUUGGGAUGGAAGGACAGAUUGAAGCUAUGGCAAAGGAUGCUGUCACGGUUACAGAUCCAGUGGAGGAGAAACUGUCUGCAAUUUCUGAGAUGUGUGCAGAUGCAAAGGCAGACUUUUCAGUAGUAGAUAAUGUAGUGGAAGAGCAAUCAGAAGCCAUAUACAAGAUAUUUGCAGAAAGGGAGGUACAGACCUCAGGUGAAGAAUGCGAUCAAAGGAAGCUAGUCAUGAGGGAUGAGGAAGUGGAACUACCAGCAGUUGCUGUAACUAGAUCUGUGAGAAGUGGUGGAAAGACAUCCAAAGCGACUCUUAAAAUUAGAGGCAAAAAGCAGCAAGAUGAAGUGAAGGAUGGAGGGGGAACUGCAGAAAAGAGUGCUGAUGGAGAUGAACCUCCAGUAGAAUCAAGAAUUCUGAGAAGGGGAACAAAAUCUGUUUGUAGAAACCGCAAACAAUUCCAGGAAGAGGACGAGGGACCAAAGGAAUCAGCUGAAGAAGCAGAGGAAGAGGAUGAAGAAGACACUGGGCUGGUAUUAGCCGAAGAGCCACCAAAGGCUGGGAGUGAGGGGAAAGCCCCAGAGAUAAAUAAAAUAGAGGUAAAGGAACAUGUUAUUGUAGAAGUGGAAAAAGGAGUGUCAAAAGAAUGGACAGUGACUGAAGAUAAGGAGAACACAGCUGGAGUGACAGCUACUGAAGAUAAUUUAGUACAAGAAGGAGAGGCUGAGACACUGCAUUACCCAUUACCCAAACCCACCAGUGACAUAGCUAUACUAAUAUCUAGUGAAGAGGAGGCAACACCUUCAGUAGCAACACCUUCAGCAGAGGAGCAACAGAGUGAAGAAAUGGCACCCCAACUUUCUGAUCUGCAAAGACUGACUGUAGUUGUAGUGGAUCUGAAAAACCCACAUCAUGAAGUCAUAAUGAAUGCGGAAGAAACAAUGGCAGAGGAGAACAUUGCUGUUGGAAUGGAAAAAAAUGAUCUGGUGAAGGUGGAAGAGGAAGGGUUUGGGGAGAAGGUGAACAUCACAAUACAAGACACAGGGGGGGGAGCUGAGGAAACAGCUAAAGAAGAUGUGCCUAAAAGUGGUGAUGACAAGGAAGUUUCAAAAAUUAGAGAAGAGGAACCAGCUGAGAAACAACAGCAGAUGAUUGAUCAGGACAAGGGAAACAGACUUAAAGAAAAGGAUGUAACUCAAAACGUAGAAAAUAUAAAUCCAGAAAUGGGUACAGAAGAGGUGGAGGCUGCCAUGCAACAAAACACCUCAGAGGAGGGACAGGCCAGUAGUGCUGAUGAGGGAAAGACCUCGGAUGAUGUUGCUGAGAAAGCGGUCACAGCCAUAGUAGAGCAAGAACAGUCAACUUCCACAUCUGAAGUAGUGGGAACUGCAGCUGGAGAAAGUACACAAGAGACACUGUUGAUAACAAAGGACCACAAAGCAAAAGGUGCCUCUGAGGAAAAGGAAGCACCAGUUAUUGAAACCAGAGUUCAGAUAAGUCGUGAAAAAAAGACAGUGAGAGCCACAACAAAAAGCAAACCCACAAGAAGACAAGAUGAUUGGCAAGAUGAGGAGGCAACUGGGCAGAAAAGCACAGGAGAUGAACCAGCAUUUGAAACAAGAGUUCUAAGAAAAGGAAGAAGGUCUGCUACUGCCACAUAUAGAAGUAACUUCAAAAGAGCCCGCACACAGUGUCAGACAGAGGAAGAGGGAGAAGAAGAAACUAAACUAGAGGAAAGCAGAGAUCAGGUGAUUGAAGUGAGCCAUGAGAAGAAAGCUGCAGAUCAGAAAGAAGAAAAAACAGAGCCAGAAUUUAAGACCGAAAAAGUACAAGCUGUGGCAGAGAAAUCACUGACACAGCAAGAGACAUUAGAGGUGGAGCAGUCUGCUGUUUUAGAUACAUGUGUGAAUAGACAGAGAGAGGCUUCUGUUAGGGAAAGUGCUGAAGAGACACCUGAUACAGAUGAAGGAAAUGCUACUGAGGAAGAAGAACCAACUGAACCAAGAGUUCUAAGGAGCUAUCGGAUGGCAGUAAAAGCCACACCAAGAUCCCGAAGAACAAAAAGCCAAAAGGAAGAAAAUGAUCAAGAGGGGACAAUGGUAGGAAAGAGUGCUGAUAAAGAUGAGCCAGCAAUAGAAACAAGAGUUCUGAGGAAGGGGAGGAGGUCUGCUCCUGCCACACAUAGGUGUAAAUCUAAAAGAGCUCGCAAACAGUGUAAGCCAGAGGAAGAGGGGGAAGCAGAAACUACUCUUGCUGAAGAGACUAAUGGAGAGGAACAAGAGGCAGGGCAUGAGGAGAAAAAGGAGAAGGCUGAGGAAGAAGGAAAGAGUAUGGAAAUGAAGGUGAAGAAAGUAAAGAAGCUAAGCGAAGUGGAAGAGGAAGAAGUUGAGAGUGUGGCAGGAGGAGGGUCUGCUGUAGGAGCUAAAGAGCAGAUGAAGGUUGCAUUGACCAAGGGAACAGCAGUGCUUGGAAAAGAGGACAACAGCAUGGCCGCUGGUGAGACUGGUACUGACACAGUUGAGAGAAACAGAGAGCUAAAUGCUAAGAAACAAACAGAAACUGUGGAAAAAUCAUCUACUGGAAAGCGGACAGGGCCUCCACCUGAUAUCACUGUAGAGGACCAGGAAAAGGAAACAGCUAAUUUGAUAGAUGACAGGGUGGUAGAGACAGAUGGUGAAGAACUAGCAACAGAAGAAAUGGAAUUACUAGAGGAAGAGCUAACAGAAAGUAAAGCUAAAACUGUGGACUACCCAGUAGUAGAAGACAGAAGUCUCAGAAGGAUGAUUGAAACUGGUGCAGACAAAGCAGAGGACAAAGCAGAAGAAAACACAUUUCCAAAACGAACAUCCAUACGAAAAAGACCAAGAGUGGAUUCCAAGGAAAAGGAUGAGGAGGAUGGGGGAUGUGUGAUUGUUGCAGCCACUGACGAGGAAGAGGAUGAUGUGGGAUCAGAUGAGGACAAAAACCACAAGAAAGCUGAAUGUUCUGCUGAUGAACUUAUAGAGAAGCUAGAGGAAAGCAGUAGAGACCAAGAUAAUAACAUGAGAGCUAUUGAGAGUUCUAAUGAAAAGAUGGACAUACUAAAUUUAUACAGAUUAGAUACAGCAGCAGGUAUAUGUCAAGAGGACAAGGAAGAUGAGCAGAAUGUGUCAAAGGAAAAGGUGGAACCUAUAGAGAUGGGUAAAAGAGUUUUAAGAGGGAGAUCAUUUCCUUCAGUAAUAAUCACUCCCCUGUCUAAAUCCAGAUUCCGCAGUGUUAAAGUUCAAAAAUCAAAAGGGUCUUUGGCUGAUGAAGAAAAGAGCCCUCAGUCAUCUCAGAAGAGAAGUCUCCACAAGAAAAAAUGGACUUAGAUUUGUGUGUUGGUGUUACCUAAGUGUCACUGCAGAGUUUAGACUGUUCUGAAUCCUAUGAUUCAAACUGACACAAAAAUGCAUUAAGUGUGCAGUUUUAAAAUUUGGAAAACGCAAAACAACAAAAAAUGUUACCAUAUGUAAUGUUUUACUAGGCCUUCUGUAGUGUGCAUGCUUACAAUGUAGACUGAAAAGCUACUGUAUGUUUUUCAUUUUGAUUCAAAGCAAGUCUAUGUAUCUUUUAAAAGGAGAAAUCACACACAUUCUUCCUCUUGGAAUGUGAUUAGGGAUGCACCAAAUGUUCGGCCACCUAAAUUAAUUGCCCGAAAAUAGCAAAAAUAGCACUUUCGGUAUUCGGUAAGUCAAAUCACCGAUUAAAUUUUACCGAACAAUUACGUUGACAUGUCAGCAGUGUGGAAGCAUUUUCAAGUGUCAGAGAAAGAUACAAAAAUCGCCGUUUGCAGACAUCGUUUGCUAAAUUGUCUCCUAUUCCACUCCAUCUGUGGCUGACUUCUUAGAAAAGGCAACAAAACGGUCUGACCCGCUUUGAGUGUUUCUGUCACUUGUUUCUGAGAAGGCGGUUAGGCUAGCCGCACCUAAAUUUGGAGUGCAC